CCCAGCUUCCGUGGUUCACUGAGCUAACGCGGACUAGCCGCCUCGCUGCUAACGUCAUUAGUUUAUUUAAGAAGAAACUAAAGCUUUUCCAUCUUCAAACUUCGCCAGACCUGCUUGGGUUGUUUGACGUGUCGGUGGCUGCAGCGCAUCGACCCUCGAUAAUGACCUCAAACCUGGAAUGUACACGGGAAGCCUCCAUCAGAACAUAACUGCACUUUAAAGCCAGCCGCCCUGGAGGAGUGAAACUGGAGGUGUUGCCGCUCCUCAGCCGCCAUGUCGCUACCAAAGGAGUCGGGAGGAAACCGAGGGAAGGAUCGAGAGAGAGGCGCUCGCCCCAAGGUGAGACAGAGCCGGUCAGAGGAGAGGCGGGACGCAGGCAGUGGACGGAAAGGCGGGAAGGGGAAGAAGAAGGGCCUUUCCAGCCACGAGGCAGCCGCAGAGCGGCCCGUCAGCGACGGCUUCGAGUACGGCGAGCUGCUGAAUGAACUGGAGACCAGGGACCAAUCGUCGUCCUCCCCGCUGAGGGACAGCUGGAGAUGGCAGGGCCUGGAAGUGGCCGCCUCAUUACUGGGCCAGGAGCGGCUGACGGCCAGGCCGAGUCUGGGAACUGUGAGCUCUGCGGCGGAGCUCCCGCCGUGCGGCGAAGGUGACGGCAGAGGCUCGAACAGCAGCCGCACUCUCAGGCAGAAAAUCCAAGAUGCAAUGGGGCAGUGUUUCCCUAUAAAGACACACAGUGCAGCGGCACCAGCUCCGAGUCCACAGGCUCUUUCAUCAUCAACCGCCUGCACUUCCUCCAGGCGCAAGAUCCAUCUCAGCGAGCUGAUGUUGGAUGACUGCCCUUUCCCCGUAGGAUCAGAGCUGGCUCAGAAGUGGUAUCUCAUUAAGCAACACACAGCUCCCAUUACCCAGCCUCCCCUGCUGGACUCUGCAGUCGUGUGCAGCGCUCCGACCCCGGCCAUGGCCGCCGUCGUGGAGGACGUGGACGACAGGCUGCGAGAGCGCAGGCGCAUCAGCAUCGAACAGGGCGUCGAGCCGCCGCCCAACGCAGAAAUACACACCUUCGAGGUCACGGCUCAGAUCAACCCUCUUUACAAGCACGGCCCGAAGCUGGCUCACGGCAUGAACGAAUUAUCUGGGACCGACGGCGCCGCCGUCCAUCAGCAGCAGCAGCUCCUCCUCCAGAGGCAGCAGCAGCAUCAGCUCCUGCUGCAGAGCUGUUUGGACACUCUGGACGAGGUGGUGGCCUCGGCCUCGGCGUCGGCCUCCGUCCACGCCGGCGACGCCGCCUCGGAGCCUCUGGCGGACUCGGAGGCAGCAGUGACCAAUUCCACUUCUUCUCGAGCCGUUCUUCCUCCGGCUGACCACCCCAAGCCUCACGACAGCUACCGCAUCCACACUCAGAUCGACUACAUCCACUGCCUAGUUCCAGACCUGCUGCAGAUCACCAACCUCCCGUGCUACUGGGGGGUCAUGGACCGCUACGAGGCGGAGACGCUGCUGGAAGGAAAGCCCGAGGGAACCUUCCUCCUGCGCGACUCGGCUCAGGAAGACUACCUCUUCUCCGUCAGCUUCCGCCGCUACGGCCGCUCGCUGCACGCGCGCAUCGAGCAGUGGAACCACAACUUCAGCUUCGACGUCCACGAUCCCAGCGUCUUCCACGCCCCCACCGUGACGGGGCUGCUGGAGCAUUACAAGGACCCCAACUCCUGCAUGUUCUUCGAGCCCCUGCUGUCCAACCCCAUCCACCGCACGCACCCGUUCAGCCUGCAGCACAUCUGCAGAGCCGUCAUCAGCAGCUGCACCACCUACGACGGCAUCAACAUGCUCCCCAUUCCAAACGCCCUGAAGAAGCACCUGAAGGAGUACCACUACAAGCAGAGGGUGCGCGUACGGAGGAUGGACACGUGGUGGGAAUGAAGAAACAACAAAAUAUUGACUUAAAGAAACUACCAAAUACAAAUUCAAAGCAAGGCUCCCCCCGGCUCGACUCGGCAAUGAAUCAUCUUCUACACUCUGCAUUAACCGACACUGCACUGUACUUAUUUAUUAAAUUCCUGCUGUAUAUGUCUUCACAAUUGUACUAAACCACACUGAUGAGGCGACAUGUAAUCCCACUGGUCUUGCACACUCAGAUUCCUUUAUUAUGCUGAAAUUAAAGUUAUUUAGAUCUGU